GGGCGGCGGGACGUGGUGCUGGGGCGGCAGGCUGAGCAUGUCGGAGAAGAAGCAGCCGGUCGACCUGGGGCUCCUGGAGGAGGACGACGAGUUUGAGGAGUUCCCGGCCGAAGAUUGGACUGGCUUAGAUGAAGAUGAAGAUGCACAUGUCUGGGAAGACAAUUGGGAUGAUGACAAUGUAGAAGAUGAUUUCUCCAAUCAGUUAAGAGCUGAAUUAGAAAAACAUGGAUACAAGAUGGAAACCUCAUAGUUUUUGCUGAAUAUGGAGUGGUUUAACAUUGAACUGUGGAAAGACUAUAUUGAGAAAAGAAGAAAAGGUGGAAAAUGAGGAGACACACUUAGUUCGUUAUCUGCUUGGACUUAUUAUUGUUUUGUAUGAAAAAUAAAGUUUUUAAUCUUA